AUGGCCUCGCCACACAUCAUCUUGCACCACCCCCUCCGCCUGGACCCAGCCGUCUCCUGGUUCCUGGUCCCACCCCUCCCUGGCUCCGCCCCUGGCCCAUUGCUCAUGGAGGAACAAAGGCCUCCAAAGCGACGCCGCUUAAUGGUCCCCAAUCAAGAUGGGCGUCCCAGGGCGCGCGAAGACCACGAGGCAGCGGGCCGGGCGGAGCGGGAGCCAGGCACCCGGGCGAAGCCCCUGGCCUUGGUGAAACCCUUCCAACGCGCUCCUCCCGCCCCCACCGUGCCGGAGAGGCCUGCGGAGAGGAGCAGGCGCGGGGGCGGCAGCCGCCCAGAGGGCAGAGGCCGCCCCGAGGGCAGAGGCCGCUCCCAGGGCAGGGACGGCCCCGAGGGCCGGGACCGUCCCGAGGGCCGAGGCCGCUCCCAGGGCCGGGACCGCAGGCGCGCGGGCCGCCGCACCGAGUCGCGCCAGCUCAUCGUGAGAGACGUGCGGAUCGAAGUGGGCCUCGAGGAAGCGGGCACCCGUGCGGAGCCGGAAACCUGGCCGAUAGGGUCAGUCCCUCUUACUGAAGCGGCCACAACGCCAAGAGACACCCGGCAAGGCCACGACCCCCACCCAGUGCAGACUUGGCGCAUCUUCCCGGUGCAGCCCUACGCCUCCGCUUAUUGGUCUCAACUGGGGUCUCCUGCCUCCGCCGUCUCCUCCUGCAUAGGGCUCAGACCUCUGGCUGGCUCGGCUUUGCCGGUCCUGCAGACCUCCUUCUGCACCUACGUGUACGGGGUCCCAGGUUUCCUCGUCUACAUCGCACGCUGA